GAAAAAACAACUUUGUUGGGAGAAUGGAAUUGGUGUUUAAACUCACACGACACCCGUCUCCGUUUGGAGGUACGCCCUCAUUUGUGCAAUCCUUCUCCUUUUGGAGAGGCUGAGAACGCUGCCACCUGGGAAAAAAUGACUUUGUUGGGAGCAUGGAAUUGUUGUUUAAACUCACACGACACCCGUCUCCGUUUGGAG